AUGCGGCUGAAGGAUCAGCAGAGUAAGUGGUCCGGAAAGACAGGAGGAGGCCGUCAGAGAGCAGAGAAGCUUGAGAUUGUGGAGCGGGUGCUCGUAUUGUUUUUCCACUACUCGCAAGGGCAGGUGUAUCCGGGGAAUUACCCACCGUUUAAGGACAGGAUCAGCUGGGCUGGAGACCUCGACAAGAAAGAUGCGUCAAUCAACAUAGAAAAUAUGCAGUUUAUACACAACGGCACCUAUAUUUGUGAUGUCAAGAACCCUCCUGACAUUGUUGUUCAGCCAGGACACAUUAGGCUCUAUGUUGUAGAGAAAGAGAUCUUGCCCGUGUUUCCAGUUUGGGUGGUGGUGGGUAUAGUUACUGCCGUGGUCCUAGGGCUCACUCUGCUCAUCAGCAUGAUCCUGGCUGUCCUCUAUAGAAGGAGAAACUCUAAACGAGACUACACUGGCUGCAGUACAUCAGAGAGUGUCUCACCGGUUAAGCAGGCUCCCCGGAAGUCCCCCUGCGACACAGAGGGUCUAGUAAAGAGCCUGCCUUCUGGAUCUCACCAGGGCCCAGUCAUAUAUGCGCAGUUAGACCACUCUGGCGGACAUCACAGUGACAAGAUUAACAAGUCAGAGUCUGUGGUGUAUGCGGACAUCCGGAAAAAUUGA